AUGGAAUCUUCUUGUAACAAACUCUCUGAUAUUGAUCUUACAAUCUACGAAGUUGCUGCGGUGCUUCGUAACUUAGACCCCAAUAAAGCGUGUGGACCAGAUGGUAUUCUAAGCAGAAUUCUAUCCAAGGUCGCCGAUGAGAUUGCUCCUUCACUUUGUAUUCUUUUCAAUAUGUCUCUCUCUAUUGGAGUGGUACCUGCUAAGUGGAAGUUUGCUAAUAUUACCCCUGUUUUUAAAAAAGAUGAUCCCACCAUAACAUCGAACUACAGACCAAUCUCUUUGCUUUGUGUUAUCUCCAAAGUAUUGGAACGUUGCGUUUUUAAUCACAGUUAUCAUCACCUUUGUCCUUCUUUCUAUCAAUUUCAACAUGGAUUUCUCAAGGGUAAAUUAACGAUAACACAACUAUUAGAAGUAUACCAUGACAUCCUGGACUCCGUAGCAUCCGGUAACGAAGUUGAUGUAAUCUAUCUUGACUUAUCAAAAGCCUUUGAUAAAGUCCCUCACAACUUGUUAUUACUCAAACUAAAGCAUCAUGGUAUCAACGGAUCUCUUCUUUCUUGGUUUGGUAGUUACCUCACAGAUAGGUACCAAAGAGUUGCUCUAGACGGAUCAUUCUCUGACUGGCUUCCUGUCACGUCUGGCGUACCACAAGGUUCUAUACACGGUCCAUUGUUGUUUGUUUUAUACGUCAAUGAUGUCCCUAACUACUUUCAGUAUAACUCAACGAUUGCUUUGUUUGCUGACGAUUCCAAGCUGUUCAAACCCAUUCUCGAUUCAACCUCCAGUUACAAUCUUCAGAGUGACCUCGACCUCUUGCAAAGGUGGAGUUUGGACUGGGAAAUGGCAUUUAAUAAGUCUAAAUGCAAGGUAAUGAACAUCUUCAGGAAGAAGACAUUGAUAAGAGAAGCAGCGCGCAUCAUGGAUAAUCAGUCGUUGGAUUGUGUUCCUUUCAUUAUGGAUCUUGGUGUCACUGUGUCAAAUGAUUUAUCGUGGUCAAGGCAUAUUGAAAGUAUUGUGGCCAAGACUAAUAAAACGCUCGGUCUGGUUAAAAGGGUUUGUAAAGAACUCCCUGAUCUGAAAGUCAGAAAAUUGUUGUACUGUGCUCUUGUGCGGCCAAAACUUGAGUACGCCAGUAGUUUGUGGUCACCGUAUACAGUUAAGUAUCGUUCCCUAAGUGAAAACGUCCAGCGGCGGCCAACUAAAUUUAUACUGAACUAUCCUCCGGAUAUGUCAUAUACACAGAGACUUACCAGAACCAAUCUUCUUCCCCUUGAAUUUCGCAGAGAAAUUGCCGAUUUGAUGCUUCUUUUUAAAUCCAGAGCAGGACUAAUUUUCACUGAUGUCAAUGAUUUCCGAGUCAAAAUAUAGAUCUCGGAAUUAUGAUAUUAACAAUUACAAUCUAAUCAUUAAACAUAAACAAGAUUAUUACAGAAAAUCGUUUUUUAUUAAAUCAGCCGAACUAUGGAACUGUCUGCCCUCAUACCUUAAAUUCUACCACUCGCUACCUGCAUUCAAGUCUACCCUAAUUAACUUGUACAUUACAAAGUUAUCAACAUGCAGUCCUCCUGGUUGUUCCGGCUAAUUAUAGUCAUUCCUGAACUUCUUUUUGUCAUGUUAGUCGUUUCCAAAUAUGUGUAUAUGUAUAUAAAUGUAUACAAAAGUAUAAUGUAUAUAUUCUUGAGUAAAGACAAAUUGUAUAUUGUGUAUAUUGUAAGGGAUUAGGUUUCCAGUGGGACGAAAGUCCUGUUCCAUUCUCCUGUCACAUAGUUAUCUUUGUCAAUGUAAUUUUUUUUUGUAUGGUGACAAAUUCAAAAAAUAAAUAAAAUUUGGUAUUAAUUUUUUGGAGGAAUCGUCAAGGUUUUUUGCUUCUACACCCCCGUCUCCCAGGAUCUUCUAUCUCAAAAACCAGUUUUCUGCGGAAAAUAUGCUUUUUUCUCGGGAAAAUUUUUGCUUUUCUCAUAAAAUACAUUAUAAACACGAAAAUCUUAAAUAUUUAAAUAAUUUUCAUACUUUUUUGGGAUUGCAAAAAGCAAAAUUUGAUUCAUUAUCCCACUUUUUAAAAUAUACGUAACAAAGUUGCUUCGAAAUCACCAUCACGCAGUAGCAUGUUUAUUUACCCUCAUCCUUUUGACUGAAUAAAGUCAGUUAUCUUUUUGGAAAGCUAUUUGUUUUAUAGCUCUUGGUUACCAGUUUACGUUGACGUCGAUUUUGGCACCCACGAGACCAACAAGGUGUGGUAAUCCGCGAAUGAAAAUGGACAUUCGAAGAGCACAAAAGCCAACUUCUAGCUAUGUAACUUUAUCGCCUCAAUUUUGAAUCAAUCCACAAUUAAAAUGCUGAUAAUGUAGAUGCUUUCCAUACUUGAGAUGUUAGUGAAGUUUUUCCUACAAUUUAAUUUCCUUGAUCGCCGUCUUAAAAAUGCAAAAUCAUAAGUUGAAAUUCCACUCGUGUUCUUUUUUCAAAUUUUCGAAUUUUUGUAAAAUAUCGCGUGCGCCAGCAAUUUCUCUGCACAGCGACAACAAAUUUCCCAGCUGUUUAUUUGACAUGAAAUUUCCAUAGACAGUGUGCCAAAAUUUCCAUAGAAUUUUCUACAAUUAUUGUAUUAUAAUUCCUUAUUAAUAAUGAGUGUUGCUACCAAAUCAGAACUUGAAGCAUUUCAUCACCCAGAUCUCGAAAGAUCGGACUGCGAACUCGUUGUUGUACAAAUAAAGAAUCUGAACAGCAAACCAGUAACUUUAUACACUUUCUAUCGUUCACCUAACUCAACACCAAAUUCUUUGAAUGAACUAAAUGACUCUCUUCAAAGCAAUAUAGAAGAAGACUGUGUCGUAGUUGUGGGCGAUUUUAAUCUUCCAGAAUUGAGAUGGUCCGAAGAUCAGUCAACCCCUAUUAGCUGCACAGGACAAACUGGUGAAAUUUUUUGUGAAUUGUUCUACGAUAAUUUCCUUCAACAGCACAUCAUGGGAUCUACACACAGUUGGGGAAAUAAAUUGGAUUUGUUGUUGAGUAACCAUUCCGAGAUAAUCCGGGAUGUUAGAGCUUUAUCUGAUGAACAAUUUCCAAGUGAUCACAUUCCAAUUGAGUUCUUCGUGAAGCAAACAUUCAAACGAGCGUAUCACAUCCAUCGUGGUGUUUACGAUUUCCAAACAACUCCGAACCUUCCUUCAGAGAUCUCCGAUUGA